UUGUAAAGCAUGCAUGAGUAAGUACUCUAGAGUUGCAGCUGAUAAUACACACAGGACACACAUUCAAGUUUUCACGUAAGUCAGUGGGGGUUGCUAUUGUGUGUGUUUAAGCAGAGAAGUAUCAAAGAGAGAAGUGAGCGAGAGAGGAUAUAAACAAGAAUAUUGCUGGUCUUUUGUCACAAGUUUCUCCACGUGGGUACUGUCAGCUGACAAAAAAGUAUAAAUACAAGAACAAACUUCAAAAUUCAACAUCAGUGUCACUGCCUGAUAGUACAGCAAUUCCAGCUAUUUCCAAACUUAGCAGCCAGCCAACAACAUCGAGGUGACUUAUGCCAUUCUCAUGACAUCUGUGGUUUUCAGCCAUAAAUGGACUUGAAUUGUUAUAAGAUUUGGCAACAAGCAAACUAUUUUAAUGAUUGUAGAAACUUUGGAUACAGAUAACUUGAUAGCAUCUCACUGUCCUGUUUUUUUCUAGGGCCAGAAUGCUCUUAUACAGCCAUACUGAUUGCCUCUUUUUCUCAGUCUGGUUUUAAAUCAUCAAAUCAUUAAGAAAAGUCGUUUUCAUCGCUUUCUCUCUGUCUUUAUUGGAUUUAUUGAAUCGUCUUCAUCUUCAACGAUGGAUCUUCACGUGGUAUUAUACUUUAUUUCAAUGCUACUUGUUUUGGAUUUUCAUUCCUGGAAGGUUUCAAGCUGUCAAUGCUCACAUACACCUCAUCCACAGCAGUACAUGUGUGAAGCAGACUAUGUUAUCAGAGGGAAAGUACUAGAAGAGGCAUUUGUGCCAACAGGUGAUGCCAAAUCCUCAAAGGCACCUGCUCCUACACCAUCACCAGAUCCAACCACAAAGAGGCCUUCUUUCAAGUUCCCUGAUUUGAGAGAGCCCCAAUGGUGGGAGCCAGUCCUCCGAAGGCCACACCCAAGGGAUCCCCCACCUAGACAACCUGAGUGGAGGAAUCCCUUCUUAGGCUUCCAGAACCCUCCUCCUCUGGUCCUUGCUGAUGAACCUCCACCUCAAGAACCUGAAUACCUUGAGGAACCUGAUCUUCCUCUCAUGGUGGCUGACCAGCCCCGCCUAGUGCAUCAUCAUGGAGCAUACAAGGAAACAUUUCCAUGGCAGUACAAGAGGAGAUACACAUUAAAGGUUGACAAGGUUUACAAGGGAGAGGAGAUGAUAUCACCAAAGUCAACAGUAAAUGUCUACACGGAACCAGAAGAAAGUAUGUGUGGAAAGCAACUCAAAUUGGAUACAAGAUAUCUUAUUGCUGGUUAUAUUGUAGAUGGUGAAAUCUUCAUAGGCCUAUGCGACUGGGUUGUUGAGAAGUCCAAACUUACAAAAAAUCAGAGGAGAGGUCUGAGGCAUUCAUACAAAAAAUAUUGUGAUGUCUGCAGGAUAACAACUGGAACUCUGUAUUGGCCUCCUGAAGCCAAAGAGAAAGAUGUAUGUCCUUACAACCCAUACCUUACAGGAAACACAGAUUGUGAAGGUAAAUAUUCUAGCUGUAUCAGAUAUCCUGAUGGCACCUGUAACUGGAUGGAGACAAGAGAACUCAAACAUUGUAAGAGGAAAACAGGCAGUUCAAUAUUCUUAUAAACUCUAAAAAGAACAGUACCUUACAAGAGGCUUCCGGAAAUGACUGAUGAUUCCUUUAUCAAUGUGGAAGGAACAUGAAGUGCACUUCUCUAGACAAAGGCAAUUGGAAAGUGAUGGUGAGGGCCUAUGACAAGUGCAAACUGAUGUUUCGUCUUGUCUUCUACUGAAUCAGUAACCAGAAAGGAAGAACUGCUUGGAGAAGUUUCAUAGCACUGGACAAUGGAACGUCAUUCUUCAAAGGCUCUUGAUUUGCUUCCAUCGGAAUAGUAAAUAUUCAAUCAAUCUAGAGCAGUCUUGGAGCAUUGACAAAAAGUUGCAUACUGAGGAAUCUAUCUUGUCACAGCUUUGGCUGUACCAUCCUCAAGAGAGAUUUUCUAUAAUCUACACAAUUAAGCUGUAUGGUUGAACAGUUUGAAACCUUGUUUUACCCACUGAAAUGAGAUGAUACUCAUGUGAUUACCUAAUGAAAUACAGGUUUUACUGUGGACAUGACCACUGGGUCAAGUAUUGGUAUUCACAUAAACUUUGUAAGUUUUCAAUCUAGUCAUAUUAUCAUACAUUUUAAAAUUCUCUGACGUUGUAUAUUUUUCAAUUAAAAAGGCUUAUAGUUAUUGCUUUGAAAUAUAAGCAAAUUUAAAUGAGUAUUGAGCUGGACUUGGGUACAGGAUUUGGGGUCACUGCACAAUAAAGCAGUAAGAUGUACUUUUUAAGAUGGAAUUAUACCUUUGCCAAUGUUAAAGGUUUAGUGUUAUUAUUAAUUGUAAUAAUGCCAAGAUAAAGUUGAACAAACUAAAGAACUGUGUGCAUCUCAGGAUACUGAUUUACUUGACUUGUAUAUUGAAGCUAGCAACAUCCUACAGUUUUAUAAGUAUUUUCAUUUUUAAAUUUUGCAGUAUUAUUAUGCAGGUACAUCUUGAAAUAAAAAGAGAUUAGCAGUGAAAUUAAAAAUGAAUUUUGAUAGAUAUUUCCAAAUGUUUAUGCAAUUGCUUUAUAUUAAUUAUUUAAAAUAUUGUAUGAAAUUAUGUAUGGUUGAUAGAUAAUUUAUUCUUGGACAAGGUGUACAUUGAUUGGUUAUAUUAAUCUUCCCCUCCUACCUUUGUUUAGAGAGUUUUUCCUUUUGUUGUUUGUAUUAUGAUGAAGAUCUUAUCAUUGAUUUGGGAGUAAUUAUUGUAUACAUAAUGCCUUUUAUUCACUAAGUCUUCGCUAGAAGUGGAUAUAAAAAGCAUGUACAAUUUGUCAUAAAUUGCAUACCGUAUAUCUGAAGAAACUAUUUUUUUCUCCUUAUUCACAAAUUUGUGCAAAGAAAUCUAUCAAGGGAUGAUGGUUGACAAAAAGAAUCUCUCACAAUAUUAGUAUUACCAUCUUUGUGUUACAUCUUUCACACCAUUGAAGUAGCUUCAGUGCCUGAUGUCAUUGCCAAUUUAUUUGUAUGUGAAAGAUGUAAUUAGUUAUCCCAGUCUUACAGGUGUCAAUUCUUAAGAUUCAAGAUGCAAUCCUAGGUCAGCUGAGGCCAAGAUGUGUCAUCAUACAUUUUUAUUUUUACCACUUCCUGCUCAAUCAUUAGAUACUUAUGUGAACAAAAUAAGUUAGGUUGGAAUAAUGCAGGCUUAUUUAUCACGUGAUGACAUGAUACUUGACAAUGGGGCAUAUGCCUUUGAGAUGUCUUGUUAGAUCUAAUGAAAAUAAAAAAAUAGCACAUAAUCAUAUUCAUGUCAUAUAUUGUGUAAUUUCACUUGUAGAGAUAAGCUUCUAACAUAUAUUCAAGUACAAUAAAGAAGCUUCAUCCAUUGAAACAGCUGUAAUCUCUAUGUUAAAGAGAACAAAUGACGACUUACACUAUUCAAUCUGUAAUAUCCCAUUUAUUUUGUUGUUUUGAUGUCAAGGCAAUAAUUUUCCUCUUGAAUCAGUUGAGUCAUUUUGUAUCCAGCUCCUGUGGAGAAAUCCAUUCUAUAUAAUUGUGUUGAAUGCAUACCCUUACAGAUACACAUUUGCCAAUGACCAUGCAUGUUACUUAUCAUGCAAGAAUGUGUUUAUCUAAUACUUGUAGACAGUGAAUAGGGUUUGUAAAAACUGUUAUUAACAUCAACUAAGUAUGUAAAGUUGCAAAACAGAUUUUUUUUAAUAUCAGAAUAGAAAAGAUACUACCGAUCCUAAAUCUAUAAUCCAUUUUCAUUUCAAAGUUAUUUCGACUCAAUGAUUAAUAAAUAAUUGGUCAAAGUUAAAGUGUCUGUCUGAAGACUGAUAUUUUGAAAGAAAACCUUACUUCCAUAUAUGAUUAAGAAUAGGUAUUCUCCAACUAUGGAUGGGUAUGGAAACAUAAAGUUUGCGUCACAGUUAUCAUACUUGCUUGAACUUUAUUUGGCUCUCAAGCCAUUUAGUUUCUGUAGCGUGACACCAACUGCUUGCUGGAUUCUCAAAAUAGAAACAGGAUUUGGUUAGAAUUAUACAAAUUAGACCCUUUUACCAAACAUGUCUUAAAAUAGAACUAUUUAUUUUACCUACACCUCUUCCUUUCCCUCUUCAAAUCAACUGUACAGACUCUUGGCUCUUUCAGAUGGCAUCCCUUUCCUGAAGGUUUCAUCUAAUCCUAUAUCAGACAGAAGUGAUACAUAUUCAAACUAAACUACAUAAUUUUUCUCUUUUCUAUUGACAUAGGGAAUCAUUAAAUGUCUUCCUUAUCAAAUGGAUGCUUUGUAAAGAACAAGAUGAAUAAUACCUGUUUUCUAAUUAGUGUUGAUGUGAAACCUGUGUUACAGAGUUGUGAUCAAUCUAAUUUACCCUUAACUAGCUAUUAAAGCUAUGUCCUAAUUCCCUCCACAUGGGCCAUGUGCACUGUCCCUUUGUAAACAAAAAGGGAGAAGGCAGAAUUACUAGAACAGUGACACAUGCCAGUAUUUGUCUUAUGUAGAGAACAUGUUGAGUGCAUUCAAGCUGAAAGUAUGGCUGGUUUUCCAUAGUUGACAUUAUUCCAAAUGAUUGCAACUCUUUGGGGUUCAGAUGCCAGGUCCUGCACAAAGCCGGGGGCGGGGGACCUCUACCAAAAAAGUGGUAGGGGUGUGUCGCGGGCGAGACAAAAAACGGGGGCCUUGGAGCCGGCUUAUUGGAGAAA